GUGGCAGUGAAGCCUCUGUGAGGUAGGGUAGACCACCAGCGGAGCUCUGUUGAGUGUUAGUCGGGGUUUCAGUGAGUGCUGUUCGGGCUGAAGCCAUGGUUCAGACGUGCUCAGCGUACGGAUGUAAGAACCGCUACCACAAAGACAGAGACAUCUCCUUCCACAAGUUUCCUCUGGCCCGUCCAGACAUUUGUGGUAAAUGGGUGGCGGCGAUGAGGAGGAACAACUUCAAGCCCACGAAGUACAGCAACAUCUGCUCGCAGCACUUCACCAAAGACUGUUUCAAGAUAGAGUGCAACAACCGGGUGCUGAAGGAGAAUGCCGUGCCGUCGCUUUUCACCUUCAGCCUCAGUAUCAAGUCAGAGUCCCUGGAUCAUCCCUUCCCCACAGAGAUCCACUUCCCCCUCUCUCUGCCUCUGACCUCUGAUCCAGUGGUUGAGGGGGAGGAGGAGCCUGAGCCCGGGAGGAGCCCGCCCGACGCCCACAGCGACACGCUGGCGGUCUCCUGCGACCACAACUACACGGUGGAGGACUCGGCACAGCAGAAGAAGCGCAUUGAGCAGCUGGAGGAGCAGCUGGAGCAUCUGAGGAAGAAGCUGAAGACGACGCAGCAGAAGUGUCGGCGGCAGGAGAGGCAGCUCAAGAGGCUGAAGGCCUCCUGUGAGGUGGCCAGGAGCGGCCGCGAGCCACCCGCAGCGUUCGGCGAGGGAUACGUGAUUUUGCCCAGACAGAUCUACCACACACUCAAAGGUAUCGAGUGACGAGGAAGAGAGGAGUGUGAUCAGAACCGAGGAGCAGAUUUAAUUCUGCUGCAGCAGCCAGGCAGAGACUGUUGCUGCCGAGCAAGGCAGCGACUCCCGAGCUGAGAGCGGUAGGAUUCACUCGUUUGGACAUGAAAAUGCAGGAUGUGAAAAACAUGAGUCCUUGCUUUUUUUUUUUAUUCGUAUUUUCUGAUUAGGCCUUUGGUGAAAAUCACUUUAAGUGAACUCACCUUAAAUGAAAAGCUCAACCUUUCGGGUUUUGGCUUUAGAGACAGUUGCACGCUGAAACGCUUUGUUGAGUACGGUGACUGUGAGAGGCUGCACAGAAGACCUGCACACUUCCAGCAUGUGAUUCCCCCAUAAAACCGCAAACUGCUGUUUUUGCAUUAAUGUUUCUGUACAGAUUAAACAAAUGAGUUACAGAAUGUGAACUAAAGACAGAGCCAUGCUAACUGUUUCCACCUGCUUUACAAAAAAAUGUUGAAUUAUGUCUUCUCAGACCCUGGUGUGGGAUUUGGGGAUGCAGUUGAGCACUAUUACUAAAAAAUCAAGUAUGUCUUCAAACUCUGUUUUAUUCAUGUUGUUUGUGUUUAUCUGUUUUUUUUUUUUCCCGAAUGGAAAAAUAUCAGAAAACAAUCAUAACCAAGGUCACAUGUGUGCGUGUAUGUGUGUGUGCCUGCAUGUUCCCACAUGUAUGAAUCGCUGAACGACUGCACGUGUGUGGUAAACUUAAAACACGCUGAAGAUGAGAUUAGAGACCUUAUUCAGGUCAGGCUGAAUUCAAAUGUCCAGACUUCACCACAGUCGCAGACGUACAGACUCAACAAGCUUGUUCCUAGUUAGUCCUGAAUGAGGUCCAAAUGCAUUAAGUCCACAAGGGGACUCAAGUGGACCUUCAUCAGACUUUCUCUGGAAAUUACCCCAUAAUCCAUAGAGAUAUGGAUGUGACAGUGUAACAUAAAUAAAUAAAUAAAGUACUUUAAUUUUUGUUGUA